CGCUGAUACCCGGCAGAAGACACUUGACGAGCGCAAGGAACAAGACUAAGAAGCAGGAUACUCUCGAGCUAUAGCAGAACUCAUUGGAUUACUAUCGACUUUGCCUUUUCGCCGGCACUCUCGCGCUUGGAUUUUGUGACUUUUUUGGGAGUCCUUCUUGAGACGUUUGGAUUAUUAUUAUUAUUCAUCAUCACCUCAACACAACAUGACUCUGGAAGAAGUCGUUGGAUGCGAUAUGGCUGACAAGAAAAUGGACACAGUGAGCCAAGCCUUAGAAGAGCUGCUGGUAGCAGCCCAGAGACAAGACUGUCUGACCGUGGGGGUUUACGAGUCUGCAAAGCUGAUGAAUGUUGAUCCAGACAACGUGGUGUUGUGCGUGCUCGCCACGGACGAGGAGGACGAGGACGACAUCGCGCUGCAGAUCCACUUUACGCUGCUGCAAGCUUUCUGCUGCGAGAACGACAUCAACAUCCUGCGGGUGUCCGGCUUGCGGCGCCUGGCGCAGGUCUUGGGCGAGCCGGCCGAUGUGGAUAAUAACAGCACCGGGGGCAGCAGCAACAACAGCAACGGCGAGCCCAGAGACUUCCACUGCAUCUUAGUGAACAAUCCUCAAUGCCAGCCUCUCAAGUGCCAGGCUCUGCAAGAGGUGGGCAACUACUGCGACGAGAGCCGCUGCAGGAACCAGUGGGUGCCCUGCCUGUCCCUGCGCGAGCGCUGAAAGCCGAGUGAGCGGCGCGUGGGAACAAGAUUAAAAUGAAAACGAGCGAUCAACCGCCAUUGCAAAAACCCGAGAAUGCAAAAGGGGGGCUUUUUGUGUUUUUGGUCACCGCUCUGCAUCAGCCAACGAGGCUGAAGAAAGAGAGAGGGAGGGCGCGUGCGCUUCACUUCGCAGCUCUGACUCCGUCCUCCGCGCGAGGGAGGUAGCUAGCGGCGGAGGAGGAAAGAGAAGAAGCAGAAGGAGAGGAGAGGAGGAAAAAGGUGGAGGAGUAGGAGGAAAAGCCGUGAUGGAGGCGCACCGUGUUGGAGGAGCUCCGCGCGGGGGCGCGCGCUCUGACGGUUUCUCCGUGGACAGAAACCCAAAAGGGGCAGACAAGCUGCAGAAGAUGGUGUGCGGUUUCUUUCUGCUGCAGGUCACUCUCUUGACUUGCUGUGCUCUACUGUACUCUACUGAACUGAACUGUGAGAUACGUGUGCUUGCAGUAUCAUAUGCUCAUAUGUUUGGACUUAAGAAGGCUCAGCUGCCUUAAUGUGGCACGUGGACUGCAGCAUCUGCUUUGUGUGACUGCAAGAAGAGAAAGAAGAAGGCCAGUGUUACAAGACAUCAUGAUGAUGAUGAUGAUAAUGUCUUAUGGACUCAGUACUCAAUAUAUACGAAAACCACGACUGGACUACUUCAUUGUUUUUUUUUAAUCUGUAGGCUAUAAAUUAUUUGCCAUAAUUUAAACAGAGUAAUAUAAAUGAUGUGUGAUCAAACCUCAUGUGAAUUCAAAUUCAAUGCUGUUUCAAUAAAUUAUUGUUUGGAAAUUGAA